CUUCCGGUGCGCCGCGAGGGCCGCCGGGACGGGUCUCCCAGAUGAUUCGAGGUUACUGUUGCCUCUGCUGUCGCCGGAGUCGCCGCCGCUGUCGCCGCCGCCCCCACCGCCGAACCGGUGCCCCGGCGACGCCGGUGUUUCUGCUGUCUUCCUCGGGCUCCCCGGGGUUUGACCCCCCCGGGGCCCUCAGCAGGCGUCGGUGAAGAGCCUGCCGAGUGAACCUGUGCUCCCACACCCGCCCUCCGAGACCUCAUACCGCGACUCUGAGGAGUAGGAGCGAAAGGGGCUAUCGCGACUCCGCGCCGUGUGUCGCCGGGCGGGGCCGCGGGGCCGGGGCUCCUCCAGCCCCCGGGAUGCGCGCGCGAGCCCUUGCCUCCACUUCCUUGUUGCCACUGUCACGACUGGAGCCGCCUCUCGCCGACAGCGGGGAGCGCGAGUGCGCGGGCCAGCCCGCUCGUCGAGCCCCCGGGCCCGGUGCCUCCGGGAAUGUGAGCCGCGCGGCUCGCACGCUCCUCCGGCCAUGGAUGCAUCAUAUGAUGGUACUGAGGUAACUGUUGUGAUGGAGGAAAUUGAGGAAUCCUACUGUUAUACCUCCCCUGGGCCACCCAAGAAGAAAAAAAAGUAUAAAAUACAUGGAGAAAAGGCCAAGAAACCCAGGUCGGCUUACCUUCUGUACUAUUAUGACAUCUACCUGAAAGUGCAGCAGGAGCUCCCACACCUCCCACAGUCUGAGAUCAAUAAGAAGAUUAGCGAGAGUUGGAGGCUUCUCAGCGUGGCUGAAAGGAGUUACUACUUAGAGAAAGCCAAACUAGAGAAAGAAGGUUUGGAUCCUAACUCUAAGCUCUCAACACUGACCGCCGUGGUUCCGGACAUCCCAGGUUUCCGCAAGAUCCUACCCCGAUCAGAUUACAUCAUCAUCCCCAAGAGCAGCCUACAGGAGGAUCGGAGCUGCCCCCAGCUAGAACUGUGUGUGGCCCAGAACCAGGUGUCCCCUAAAGGAUCAUCUCUUAUAUCCAACACUGCCUUGGAAACAGUGCCCAGCCAUGCAGGCAUGGCAGAGCAAUGCAUGGCUGUGGAUGCUCUAACUGAGGAGGUGGGAGCCCUUGCCCAGCCAGGUGCUGUACAGGAGAUCACCACCUCAGAGAUCCUCAACCAGGAUGUGCUCCUGGAGGAGGCUUCCCUGGAGGUAGGAGAGAGCCACCAACCUUACCAGACAAGCCUGGUAAUUGAAGAGACCUUAGUGAACAGCUCACCAGACCUUCCCACCAGAAGCCUGGCUGUGCCUCAGCCCCAGGUUGGGGAGAGCAUGUCAGUGGUAACAGUCAUGAGGGAUUCCAGUGAGAGUAGCUCCUCUGUGCCGGCCACACAGUUCAUCAUGUUGCCUCUUCCUGCCUACUCCGUUGUGGAAAAUCCCACCUCCAUCAAACUGACCACUACAUACACCCGCCGGGGCCAUGGGACAUGCACUAGCCCAGGUUGCUCCUUUACAUAUGUUACCAGGCACAAACCACCUAAGUGCCCUACCUGUGGUAACUUCCUAGGAGGGAAGUGGAUCCCAAAGGAAAAGCCAGCCAAAGUCAAAGUGGAAUUGACUUCUGGUGUCUCCUCCAAAGGAGUUGACCUGCUCAUACCUGGUCUUAGAGCCCCAGAGCUUAAAGGCAGAGCACGGGGCAAGCCUUCACUACUGGCUGCAGCAAGACCCAUGAGAGCAAUUCUCCCAGCUCCAGCUAAUGUGGGCCGAGGCAGCAGCAUGGGACUUCCUAGGGCCAGGCAGGCCUUUCCCCUGAGUGAUAAGACUCCUUCUGUGAGGACUUGUGGCCUGAAGCCAAGCACGCUGAAACAGCUGGGCCAGACCAUCCAACAGCCAUCUAACACUGGUGAGGUGAAGCUACCAAAUGGCUCGGCCAAUAGGACAUCUCAGUUGAAAGUUGUAGAAGUCAAGCCUGAUAUGUUUCCUCCAUAUAAGUACAGCUGCACUGUCACGCUGGAUUUGGGCCUGGCAACAUCAAGAGGCCGGGGAAAGUGCAAGAAUCCCUCUUGUAGCUAUGUCUACACCAACCGGCAUAAACCGAGGAUUUGUCCCAGUUGUGGUUUUAACCUUGCCAAAGACCGGACUGAGAAAACCACCAAGGCUCUCGAGGCGAGCUCACCACUCCCAGAUGGGCUAAGUGUCACAGAGCCCCUGAGUGCAGCCCAGAGGGAGAUCCAGCGCCAGUCCACACUGCAGCUGCUGCGCAAAGUCCUACAGAUUCCUGAGAAUGAAUCCGAGCUGGCCGAGGUCUUUGCCUUGAUAAAUGAACUCAACAGCUCUCGACUCAUUCUGUCCAACGUGAGUGAGGAGACAGUCACCAUCGAGCAAACCUCUUGGUCAAAUUAUUAUGAGUCUCCAUCCACGCAGUGCCUUCUCUGUAGCAGCCCAUUAUUCAAAGGGGGACAAAACUCCCUUGCUGGGCCCCAGGAGUGCUGGCUGCUGACAGCCAACCGGCUACAGGUGGUGACUGCCCAGGUGAAGAUAUGUCUGAAUCCCCAUUGUCUGGCACUGCAUAGCUUCAUGGACAUCUAUACAGGUCUCUUUAAUGUGGGAAACAGGCUGCUAGUGAGCCUAGACUUGCUUUUUGCAAUCCGAAACCAGAUCAAGCUGGGAGAGGACCCCAGAGUGUCUGUCAGUGCUGUUCUGAAGUCGGUGCAGGAGCAGACAGAGAAGACACUCACCUCAGAGGAGUUGAGCCAGCUGCAAGAGCUGCUGUGCAAUGGCUAUUGGGCUUUUGAGUGCCUCACUGUCCGAGACUACAAUGACAUGAUCUGUGGCAUCUGUGGUGUGGCCCCCAAGGUGGAAAUGGCCCAGAGGAGUGAAGAAAACGUGCUGGCACUGAAGAGUGUGGAGUUCACCUGGCCUGAGUUCUUGGGCCCUAGUGAGGUAAACGUGGAGGACUUUUGGGCCACGAUGGAGACAGAGGUGAUUGAGCAGGUGGCCUUCCCUGCCAGCAUCCCUAUCACCAAGUUUGAUGCCUCUGUUAUUGCCCCCUUCUUCCCACCACUCAUGAGAGGAGCUGUGGUCGUCAACACUGAGAAAGACAAAAACCUGGAUGUACAGCCCGUACCUGGCAAUGGCAGUGCCUUGGUGAGGCUGCUCCAGGAGGGUACCUGCAAGCUGGAGGAGAUGAGCUCCUACACUGAAGAGGAGCUGCAGCAUCUGCUGAGGCAAUGUGGCAUCCCUUUUGGGUCAGAAGACUCCAAGGAACAGCUCUGCUUCUCCUUGUUGGCCCUCUAUGAAUCUGUACAGAAUGGAGCCAGAGCUAGACAGCCUUCACCUCAUCUCACAGGGGGUAAAAUCUACAAGGUGUGCCCCCAUCAGGUGAUCUGCGGCUCCAAGUAUCUUGUGCGGGGUGAGAGUGCCCGUGACCAUGUGGAUCUGCUUGCUUCUUCCCGCCAUUGGCCACCUGUCUAUGUGGUAGACAUGGCCACACCAGUUGCCCUGUGUGCUGACCUCUGCUACCCAGAGCUGACCAGCCAGAUGUGGGGGAGGAACCAGGGCUGUUUCUCUAGCCCCACAGAGCCGCCUGUGAGUGUGUCCUGCCCAGAACUCUUGGAUCAGCAUUAUACUGUGGAUAUGACAGAGGCCGAGCACUCUGUCCAGCACCCAGUCACCAAGACUGCUACACGGCGCAUAGUCCAUGCAGACACACAGCCCAGUCCUGGUGACUCCAGUGCUGGGCACCACUCUUUGGCCCUGUGUCCUGAGUUGGCCCCCUACGCAACCAUCCUGGCCUCUAUCACAGACAGCAAACCAAACAGUGUCCGCCAGCGGCCCAUUGCCUUUGACAAUGCCACCCACUAUUACCUCUACAACCGCCUCAUGGACUUCCUCACCAGCCGCGAGAUUGUCAACCGGCAGAUCCACGACAUUGUGCAGAGCUGCCAGCCUGGCGAGGUGGUCAUCCGUGACACCCUUUACCGCCUUGGGGUUGCUCAGAUCAAGACGGAGACAGAGGAGGAGGGUGAGGAAGAGGAGGUGGCCGCGGCAGCAGAAUAAGCCAGGCUUUUGUACAGGGACCGCACCAUCUCUCUCAAGCCAUAGUGAGGCCCUUACCAA